CGCCGGGCAGUGCGGCAGUGCAGCCUCCGGGAGGAAGCGGGAGCAUCCCGCUCUUCCGGCAGCACUAAUGGCCGGGCGCGGGGGAGCCGCAUCGCUCCGAGGGGCGGCCGCCCUCCCGGCUGCCUCUCUGCCCAAAUGCACUCCCCGCGUCCCCUCCCCUCGCCCCUUUUUGUGCGAGCGCUUUCUCGGGCGAUUUUGCACGCUCCGCUGAUCGCUCGCCGCGACCCGAGCGAGGUUUCGCCGCCUCAUGAAGAUUUAUGGGACUGCAGUAAUAAACUGGGUUUGAGACGUUCCUCCGGAUGAUAAAACCCCGCCGAGCCGCUGCUAAAGGGGGGAUCCCAGCCGGAUCCCGCAGCCGCUCCGCUUUUUGGGGGCCUUUCCCUGCCCUGUCGCUCAGCAGCUCCCGCCAACGCCGUUCCUGAAGAUUUCCACCCAAACCGGUCGCUCCGGUCUCGUUGUUUUCCCGGGAAGGACGCGAUGGCCGUGCCCUGCUAGCAGCCCGGGGCUCCGGCCCCGGCACGGGUGACACCUCUGCUGGCAGGUGGGGACGAUGGGUGGAUGAAUCGGCAAAGAGAACCGCGUUCCCUCAACCUCCCUCUGCUCGGAGAGGGGCUGGCCAGGAUCUACCGCGGCAUCCUGGCCGUGGUGGGAGCCCUGCGCCCGGCCAAGGAGCCGCCCGCAGCCCCGGCCGAGCGGAGCGCUGGCCCCUCCGUGCCCCCGGAGCCGCUGCCCGGCCGUCGUGGGAGCCGCGCUGCGGCGUCGGAUCCCGACAGGACGAGCUCGCACAUGAUCUCCGCGGACGAUGCCGAGUACCCGCGCGAGUACCGCACCCUGGGCAACGGCACCCGGCGCUUCUCCAACGUGGGGCUGGUGCACACCUCGGAGCGCCGGCACACCGUGAUCGCCGCCCAGAGCCUGGAGGCGCUCACCGGCCUCCAGAAGACGGAGAUGGAGCGCAAGCGGGACGCCUUCAUGGACCACCUGAAGAGCAAAUACCCGCAGCACGCCCUGGCGCUGCGCGGGCAGCAGGAGCGCCUGCGGGACCAGCAACCCAACUACUGGAGCUUUAAGACCAGGAGCUCCCGGCACUCCCAGGGCUCCCAGCCUGGCCUGGCCGACCAAGCCAAGCUCUCCUUCGCCUCGGCCGAGUCCCUGGAGACCAUGUCGGAGGCGGAGCUGCCGCUGGCCUUCAACAGGAUGAACCGGUUCCGGCAGAGCCUGCCCCUGUCCCGCUCGGCCAGCCAGACCAAGCUGCGCUCCCCAGGGGUGCUGUUCCUGCAGUUUGGGGAUGAGACGAGGCGUGUGCACAUCACGCACGAGAUCAGCAGCAUGGACACCCUGCACGCCCUCAUCGUGCACAUGUUCCCGCAGAAGCUCACCAUGGGCAUGCUCAAGUCCCCCAACACUGCCAUCCUCAUCAAGGACGAGUCCCGCAACGUCUUCUACGAGCUGGAGGAUGUCCGAGACAUCCAGGACAGAAGCAUCAUUAAAAUCUACCGGAAAGAGCCGCUCUACGCCUCGUUCCCAGCCUCACACAUCACCAACGGCGACCUGAGGCGGGACAUGGUCUACACCUCCCGGGAAUCGUCUCCCACCCGCCGGCUCAACAACAUCUCCCCAGCCUCCCACCUGGCCUCGGGCUCCCCGCCGCCCGUGCUGCAGUCCUCGUCCCCGUCGCGCUCCCGCAUGUCCUACAGCGGCGGCCGCCCGCCCUCGUACGCCGGCAGCCCCGUGCACCACGGCGAGCGCCUGUCCAGCCUGCCCCCCGCCCAGGGCGUGUCCCCCAGCCCCAGCGCCAUUCUGGAGCGCCGCGACGUCAAACCCGACGAGGACUUGGCGGGCAAGAACGUGGUGCUGGUGAAGAACGAGGGGCUCUAUGCAGACCCCUAUGGGAUGGUGCACGAGGGCCGGCUCAGCAUCACCUCCACGCAGUCCCUGGCGGGAAUGGGGGACCCCUUUGGCUACUCGGGGGGGCUCUACAAGCGGGGCUCGGUGCGGUCACUCAGCACCUACUCAGCGGCCGCGCUGCAGACAGAGCUGGAGGACAGUUUGUACAAGCCCAAUGCGCCCAUCUACAGCGACACGUACGGCCCCGGGCUGGGCUUCCGCAUGCCACCCUCGUCCCCGCAGAAGAUGGUGGAGCCCGGGCAGAGCCCGCACAGCCCCUACUCGGGCCCGCCCAGCCGCUCCUCGCCCGUCCGUCAGUCCUUCCGCAAGGAUUCCUGCUCCUCCGUCUUCAUGGACAGCCCCGUGGGCAAAACGCGCAACCCCAGCUCAUCCGGGCCCCCCGAGCUGUUCCCCGGCCCCGCAGAGCGGCCACUCUCGGGCUUCGGAUCGCCCGGACCUGCCAAGGACACGGAGACCAGGGAGCGGAUGGAGGCCAUGGAGAAGCAGAUCGCCAGCCUGACGGGGCUGGUGCAGAGCGCGCUGCUCCGCGGCUCCGAGGCCGAGACCCCCAGUGAGAAGACAGAGGCCACCAAUGGCGGGACCCCCCCGUCAGCAUCCACCAGCCGCAGUGGCAUGGGCACCCCGGUGCCCGCGCCACCACCGCCCUCGGCCACCAGCACCCCGGCAGGGCAGCCCACGGCCAUCACCCGCCUGCACAUGCAGCUGCACCUGCACGACCUGCAGCAGAACGCCAGCGACCUCCGCAACCAGCUGCAGCAGCUCAAGAAGCUGCAGCUGCAGAACCAGGAGACGGUGAAGUCGCUGCUGCGGCGGACGGAGACGGAGCUGAGCGUGCGGGUGACGGACACGAUGCGCAAGCACGAGGACCCUCUGCAGCGCCAGCGCAGCUUGGUGGAGGAGGAGCGGCUGCGCUACCUCAACGAGGAGGAGCUCAUCACCCAGCAGCUCAAUGACCUGGAGAAGUCCGUGGAGAAGAUCCAGAAGGAUCUGGCGCACAACCACCGGCUGAUCCCGGCGCAGGAGCUGGAGGAGAAGGCCGUGGUGCUCAAGCAGCUGGGGGAGACACUGACGGACCUGAAGGCCCAGUUCCCCAGCCUGCAGAGCAAGAUGCGGGUGGUGCUGCGGGUGGAGGUGGAGGCCGUCAAGUUCCUCAAGGAGGAGCCCAACCGUCUGGACGGGCUCCUCAAGCGCUGCAAGACCGUCACCGACACGCUGGCCCAGAUCCGCAGACAAGUGGAGGAGGGCGUGUGGAGCUCGCCCAGCAGCCUGAGCCAGUCGCCAAAGAAGGUGGCCCCGGAGACGGAUUUCAGCAAAGGGCUGGAGCUGGAGAUGCCCACCAGCCCUCCCGUGAGCUUGCACCACCUGACGGGCACCCCCGAGCCCCUGGGCUUCGCCCCCCAGCCCCAGAGCCACCCUGGCAAGAGCAAUAACCCCUCACGGGCCCCGGAGAUGGUGCCCGCCAAGACGCAGACGGGGCCCGAGACCCCCAGCAAGAAGAGCGCGGACAAAGCCGUGUCUGUGGAGGCGGCCGAGCGGGACUGGGAGGAGAAGCGGGCAGCACUCACCCAGUACAGCGCCAAGGACAUCAACCGGCUCCUGGAGGAGACGCAGGCCGAGCUCAUGAAGGCCAUCCCCGACCUGGAAUUUGCAGCCAAGCACAAACAAACCCCGGGCAGCGGCAGCGCCGCCUCCACGCCCGAGCACAAACCCUCCAAGCCACAGCACACCCCCAAAUCGGGGGGCAAAGGGGACCCCAACGGCCGCCGGGGCUCAGACGAGCUGACGGUGCCGCGGUACCGCACCGAGAAACCCUCCAAGUCGCCGCCGCCUCCCCCGCCCCGCCGGAGCUUCCCCUCGUCGCACGGGCUGACCACGACCCGCAGCGGAGAGGUCAUCGUCACCAGCAAGAAGGAGCCCGGCUUUAUGAAGAAGGCGGAGUCGGAGGAGCUGGAGACGCCGAAGCCGCAGGUGAAGCUGAGGCGGGCGGUGUCCGAGGUGGUCCGGCCCGCAUCCACCCCGCCCAUCAUCGCCUCGGCCGUCAAGGACGACGACGACGAGGACCGGAUCAUCGCCGAGCUGGAGGUGUUUCAGCGGAGCUCAGCCUCCCCUUUCCUCCCCGUGCCCCGCUGUGACCCCCUCGAGGCCGUGUCCCCGGGCCACUCCGAGCCGUGGGGAGCCGCGGUGGCAGCAGAAGGAUGGAAGGAGCCGCUGGCGCCGGCAGCCCCGGCCAGCCGGGCGUUCUCCCUGCCCCAGAUCGUGCUCACCGAGUGGGUGUCGGAGCCGCCGAGCCCCGAAGCCGAGCCGGAGCUGUGGGCGGCACCGGGCAGCGCAGCCCCGGCAGGGCAGCUGCCACCCGAGGGGACAAGGAGAGGCCGCGUGGCGGCUCCUGGCAGCUCCCCAAAGUCCCCGCUGGCACAGGAGCCCCCUCCAGCCCCGCAGCCCCCCGGCAGCGCAUCUCGGCCGUUUCCCUUGGCGGCCCCGCCUUUCCCGAGGGAUAAAAUGGGGGGACAAAGAGGGGACGCGGCUCUGGACGCUGCCGGCAGGCCAGGAGGCGGUGACAAGGCUUGUCCCCAAAAUCCCGAGGCUGUGCAGCCUCCUCGGAGCCGCGGGGAAGGUUCUGGAGCUGCGGAGGCCGUUCUCCCCUCCGUGGGCGCCGGGAUCACUCCCCAAAUUCCCGCUGGCCAUGGGGACUCCCAAAGAGGAGCCAGGCUCGCUCCUGGACACUCACCUGGGGCGCCCAAAGCCGCAUGGAGGGAGCAGAGUCCUCCAGCCCAUCCAGGGGCACAUCCCGGGGUUCCCGCGGGCAGGGACCCUGCCCCGAGGGCAGCGGGACCUUCCCGGGCGGAGCAGCCGCCCCCGGAGCGGAGCCCGGCCCGGUGCAGCCCCGCCGCGGCACCGCCGGCAUGGGACGGAGCGGCUCCGGCCCCCGGGGGCGGCCCCGGAGCGGCGGGGAAAGCGGCAGAGGGGCUCUGCAGAGGCCACCUGAACCCCGCGGGCCCGGGCAAAAAGGAGAUUUACGAGGACACCUACCAGAGACUGGACAGCCUGGAGGAAACCAUCCGCGAGCUGGAAAUGACCAUCAGCGAGAUCAGCAGCCACCCCGCCGUGGAAUUCGCGUUCCCCAGGGACGCGCCGGGAUCCGAGGAGGCCGGGAGGAGCCUGGGGGACCUCGGGCACGGAGGCUGCGAUGGUGACACCGCGCUGGACCUCAGCCAGGCCAAGGACGGCGCUGCCGAGAGUCCCUUUGCGAGCAGGACCAAGCCAGCGCUGCUCCCCAAGCCGCAGCUGCCCCCCGGCACGCCCCAGAGCGGCGGCGUCUCCAUCCCGGCCAUGAAGGUGGUGAAUCCGGCGUCGCGGCUGAAGCAGGGCCAGCAGGGCAGCCCCGACAAGGGCAAGCACAUCAAGCAGCGCAUGGAGUACAUGCGGAUCCAGGGCCAGCAGCAGAGCUCUCAGAGCUUCCCCCCACCAGCGUCCAGCCAGGAGCAGCUUCCAGCUCCCACCGGGCGGAAAACCGGGAAGCAGCGGCGGCCGAGGACACCCCCGGAACGACCCCCGGAGGGACCCCCGGAGCGAGCCCCGGAGCGGCCCCCGAGCGCCCCGGGAGCGGCGGCCGUGUCCCCGCAGGAGGAGAGCGCAGCUCCGGCCAGGGCUCGCCGGUGGGUGGCCGGCGGGGCCGAGGGCUCGGGGACACCGCGGGGCUCGGGGACAUCGCGCGCCGCUGUCACCGCCUCCGCCGCCGCGUCCCCUCGAGGGGCGCCGGGGGGUCCCCGGGAGUGCCGGAGGGGCCGCAGGGCGCGGGUGUGAAUUGGGGAGGGGUCCGGGAUCCAGCGGGGCGCGGUGAUGCCGGGGUGGGGGGCACCCGGCCGCGGCUCCGUCCCCUCCCGGUGGGGACGGGCGGGCGGGACGGGGGCCCGGAGCCCCGGGGGAGCAGCCCCGGCCCGGGCCGGCCUGGAGGGGAGUGGGCGGGGGGCCCGCCGGCACCUCCCUGCAGCGGGGCUGGGCCAGGUGUGCCCAGGUGGGCCUCAGGUGUGCCACAGGUGGGCCCAGGUAGGCCCCAGGUACACCCCAGGUGUGCCCAGGUACACUCCAGGUAUGCCCCAGGUGCACCCUAGCUGUACCCACCUGUGCCCAGGUGGGCUCCAGGUGCAGCCAGCUGUGGCCAGAUGUGCUCCAGGUGGGCCCAGGUGCUACACAGGUUGUGCUAGGUGUGCCCCAGGUGUACCCAGCUGUGCCCAGGUGCACUCCAGGUGUGGCCAGGUGUGCCCAGGUGUGUGUGUGCGUGUGCUCUGUGUGUGCAGCACAAGAUCAAAUCACUCCUUCCAUUCUCUGUUUCAUCCUUGGGUUGAUUAUUUUCGGGUUUUUUUAAAUUUCAAUUCCUUUUUUCUUCCUUUUCCCCCUCCUCUGGUUUUUUGUUUUGUUUUGUUUUUUUAAUUUUUUUUGUAUCUCAAUCAUUUUUGUACAGAAGAAAUGAGAGCCUUUUUUUGAAUAACAAAGAGAAAACACACACAAAAAAGAACAAAAAACCAAAAAAAAGACCAAAAAAAGAAAGGAAAAAAAAAUCAUGAUGCAAUUUCUUUGGAUUGCAAAAAAAGCAACUCUUUACAUUUAAGUGAAGUGUCUUAACAUUUUAUAUUGUUUUAAAAAAUAUAUUUACAUAUUAUAUAUAUAUAAUAUACGUAAUAUAAAUCUAUAUAUAAAUAUUUAAAGAGGGGAAAAAACAAAACAAAAAAACCUUAAAAAAAAAGGAAAAAGAAGAGAAAUAAAUAAAUCACGUCCGGUAUUAUUUAGGGGGUGGAUUUAAAAUCCCUGCUUAGGUUUAGAGCUCCUCGUGGUUCCCAGAGCGGCUUCAUCGCCCUCGCGCUUUGUCCCCUCUCUCUUUGUCCCCAGGUGUCCCCAGGUGUCCCCUGGUGGCCCUGGGGACCCUCGCCCACCCCCAGUGCCAGCAGCAAUAGCAGUCACUGACGCGUUUGGAAUUAAUUUUGUUUUUAAUUAAUUUCUGUUCUUGGUACCAAAGUGAAUUCUCUGUAGCAAAGCCGCAGCUCCCGGGGCCGGGCGGGUGGUGGCACCUGGCGCUGUCCCCUCCCCUGCCCCGCGGUGUCACCUCCUGUCACCUUGUGUCACCCCAGGGAGGACGCUGUGACAGAUCCCGAGAUCUGCUGGCUGGAGGUGACAAUGCCAUCCCCUUGGGGACACCAAAAUUGGGGGGGGUGACAAUGCCACCCCUGUGGGGACACCCAGAUGGAGGUGACAAUGCCAUCCCCCAUGGGUGACAAUGCCACUCCCUUGGGAACACCAAAAUGGAGAGGUGGCAGUGCCACCCCCUUGGGGACGCCCAGAUGGGAGGUGACAAUGCCAUCCUCUUUAUGACACCCUCAAAAAUAUCAUGGGGGUGAUAAUUGCCACCCUUGUGCUGACACGCACAGAAAUAACGAGGCCGUGACAAGUGUCGCCCCCUUGUGGACACUCUCGAAAGUGUCAUGGGGGGUGGCAAGUGCCACCUCCAUUGGGACACUGACAUGAGGAGGUGACAAUUGCCACCCUCCAUGGGGACACCCCCAAAAACGACAUGGGGGUGACAAUUGACACCUCUUUGGGGACACAUGCAUGAGGUGGAUGACAAGUGCCACCCCAAAAUGCCACCCUCAAAAACUGAUGGGGAGUGGUGACAAGUGUCGCCCCCUUGUGGACACCCUCAAAAAUGUCAUAGGAGGGUGACAAGUGCCACCUCCACUGGGACACCCACAUGAUGAGGUGACAAUUGCCACCCCCCAUGGGCACACUCCCAAAAAUUAUACUGGAGGGGGCUAUCCUCAGUGUCCCCACCUUGGUGUCCCCAAGCUGUCACCGAUUUUGGGAGGCAUUGUCCCUUUUCCCACCCGCACUUUAUCCCCAAGCCAUGCCUCCCAGCUCAGUGUCACUGGCUCAGAGCAGGGAGGUGACAGUGACAAAGCAGGGGGUGACAGCGCCAGGUGAGGGGGUGGCAGGUCCCAGGCUGUCCCCAAACUCCCCCCAGUGUCCCCUUUUCCCGGCUGGUGUCCCCGUGAGUGUGAUGUCCCCGCGUGCGUGUGCGUCCGUCCCCUUCAUGGCAUCGUGCAAAUCCCUCGCUGAAGCAAGAAGACAACAACAACAAAAAAAUCAAAAUUAAAAACAAAACAACUCAAUUCUGGUUCAGACCAGGAAAAGCAUAUUUUAAAAAUGAUGUAAAAAAAAAGAGGAAAAUGUGUAAAAAUGACAAAAAAAGCCCAAACCCAAGUGCUGCCUGCAUCGUGCAUGUGUCGGAGGCGCCCGCUGCAUGCGCUCCCCGCUUUACUCGUCUGGAUGUUGUUUCAAAACAAACAAAAAAAAUGUCUACGACUCUGAAAAGGACAAAAAAAAAAAAGGACAAACUGAGAAGAAAAAGCGAAAAAAUGCCAAAAAAAAAAAGGAAAAACAAGAAAUUUCUGGUUCUCCUUAGAGGCUGUUUUGGGGUUUCUACGCCGUUGUGUGUCUCUCUCUCUCUCUCUCUCUUCCGCAUGAAUUUUCUCGUGAACUGUUUUAAAAAGGAAAUAAAAGGAACAAAAAGUACAAAAAAUAGUAGAAAAUGGAGGAAAAAAAAGGAAAAAAACCGAAGAAAAAUGUAAAAAAAAAAAGCCUCGCACAGGGGAAAAGCGGGGGAGGGGAGGGAGGGGACCCCCCCACCCUGUGCCACCCCCCCGCUGUGUCCCCCGUGUCACCGUGGAUGCCAUGGGUAGUUGUGUGUGACCGUUGUAAUUCCCGUGACAAAAGGGUUGCUUUUUAUUAUUUUCCUUUUUUCCCUUUAUAAUUUUUCUUUUCUAUCAGAGUGUCUGGCUUUAAUAAAAUUACCUUUUUUUU